AUGUCUUCGAAACUGGAAAAGAUUCUCACGGUCACCAACAACCAAGACAGACAGCUCCAAACCCGACUGUCCCAGAAAUUCGAUGCUCCCAGCCUACGAGUCCUACGAUCAACAUCUCGAACCCUCGCAAACUUCGUCCAUAAAUAUGGCCGACCUGCCUUUCUCGACAUAUACAUCCACGCACCAGUGCGUGAGAACGACACCAUGCGAGGAAUCGACAACGUAGGCCCCUUCUGCAAGCACUUAACAAUCACCAUCGCUCAGCCAAAACAACCCACCACCAAUCCACCAACGCCCAACCCCUCAGUCCAAAGCCCCAACAAGAAAUCCAAACUCCGCACCAACGCCCUCCGCCGCAUCAGCAUCGUAAAAAAACUCUGGUCCUCAACCAGCAGCCUCAUGACAAUCCCAGACUCUUCCUCCACCUCCGCCACACCAAUCCCCGCAACCCCCCUCCAACACCCCGACGCCUUCGCAAUGGACCUCCGCCUCUGGACCUCCACCCUCACCCACUUCCCCAACCUAACACACCUCACCCUACGCAGCCCCACCGCCGACCCAACCUGGCCCGGCCGCCAACUCCCCGAACAAACCCUCCUCCUGCUCCGCCUCAGCCUCGAAAAAUCCCACCCAAAACACCUGCACACCCUGACCCUCUCCCCCCUGCACGCCCUAGGCCUCCUCCACCUCCGCAGCACCUCCUUCGGGUCCUUCCACAACCUCCCGCCUCCUCCUCACCCCAACAACAAGAACAACAACAUCUGGCGCAACCUCACAACCCUCACCCUCCACCUCACCAACCCCGUCCCGGCUCUCGACCCCCCAAAAUCCUCCAUGUUCCUCGCGAUCCUCCACGACUACCUCCGCUUCUUCUCCCCGACCCUCCGCCACCUCACGUUCCUCUGGUUGGGACCCUCGCCGGGUCCGAAUCCCCUCGCCCUGCUGGAGACGUCCUCCCGUCCGAGGAUUCUCUGGCCGAGGUUGGAAUCUUUCUGGUUUGGGAAUGUUACGCAUCCGAAUAAAGUCACGGCGAUGCUAAGGGAUGUCGCGCCGAGGUGUGCUGUUGUCAAAACUUUGAGGAGUGGGCUGAGGUUUUCGAGGCUCGGUGGACGCGGAGAUGGGGAGGAGGAAUCUUGGUAUGAUGUGCCUAGGCGGAGGACGUUGGGGAGGGGGAGUCUGGCGGCGAGUAGCAUCUACAGUCAGGAUGUGGGAGGGGGUAGGGAGGAGAGAGUGAGCAGGACGAGUCGAGUUGUGCCGUUUAUGUUGGAUGUCAAAUCGCAGGGGGAGAUGUUGCCGGCGACGCGGUAUCAAGGGUGA